AUGUCGACCUCCACAACACCAGCGCAACCGUCCACCUCGACCUCGACCCCACCCGACCACUCAGCUAUGGCACCGCCCUCUACCCCGUCCAAACCCGGUAUCCUCGACGCCCUCCAUACGAUCUCCCCCUUGGACGACAUCAAGAAACUGCCCUCCAUCCCAUGUGCCAGAUACUCGCUCCUGUUCGGGAUCGUAGCCGGUGUUUCGGUCGGCGCAUUGAGGUUCCUGUUCGGUACUCGAAGGGGUGGUUGGGCGACGCAGGCGCCGAGAUGGAGUCAAGUUGGCGUGGCCGCGAAUUGGGCCGUCGGGGCUUGGGGUGUCGGUAGUUUGGGCGCAUGGUAAAUUCCCAUCUCAACCGGGAAGUUGUGACAAAAGUGUGGACCGGACGAGAGAGGAGAGAGGAGCUUGGCUGAUUUUUUUUUGCCAAACUCUUCUGCCGAACUCUUCAACUCUCACCCGUCCCCUUUGCCAAUUCAACUCUUCACCUCAACCCAUACAACCCAACCCAACCCACCACCCCCUUCGAAUACAAAAUAAAAACCCUAGGGAAACAUGUCGAGCGCGCCAAUCGUCCGAAGCGGCGCGAAUGGCGGCCCUCGUCGCCGAAGCCAAAGCCCGAAGAUCGUCCCGCACCGGACCUAAAUCCUCCUUCGAUCCACCGGAAGGCGCGGCGGUCGAUGCCCAGCCGAGGAUCGGAGGCUUUUUGGUCGGCGAACGCGGGAGGGAAAUCGUUUUGGAACAACAACGGAGGGCGGCGACGAGGACGACGGCGGCGACGGCGACGGACGUAGAUCCAAGUAAUGCUGGGGCGACGACACGGCGGUUGGUUUGA